AUGGCCUCUCCGAAGUCCUCUUCUCGGGCAUCACAUAAGCCCCAUAAUCCUCGCGCUCGGCGGGCGGCUUACUACAGAGGAUGGGCCACUUCGGGGGUAAUAGCCAAUCCCCUCGCUGGUGUCUCGGCGGGUGACAUCAACCCCAAGGCUCUGAGAGGGCCUGACGCCCAGGUGCCCACCGCUGCCGAUGAGGAAUACGGCAUUCUCAUCGAGACUACGCUGGACGAAAAUGGUCAACACCCUCCUGUCGAUCCUUCCCAAUACCCAACCACGAUCAAGACCAUCUCAGUCGUUCUGGCGGCCCAUAACGAGCAGAAGUAUAUAGAGCGCACUUGUGAGUCUAUAUACGCGGAGACACCGGCUGACAUACUCAAGGAAAUCAUUGUGGUGGACGACGCUUCAGAGCCACCAUUGAGGAGGUAUUUGAAGAACUUCCCUGAAGUUAAGGUGAUUCGACACACUACCCGUCAAGGCUUGAUCAGAAGCAAGACGGAUGGUGCCAAUGCAGCCACUGGUGAUAUGGUCGUGUUUCUUGACGCUCAUGUCAAGCCAGACCCCAACUGGGCACAGCCGCUUAUCAAGCAUGCCAAUGUCAAUUACAAGCGAGUUGUGGUGCCGGUCAUUCCUGUACUUAACGGCGACGAUUGGCUGGUCCAUGAUAACAGCGCAGGGAGUAAAAUGAUGUUCGACUGGGGGCUUGGCUUCAACUGGUUUGAAGACGACAAUGACUUGGUGCCUAUUAUGUCUGGUGGUUUACUGGGUAUCACUAAGCGGUGGUGGUAUGAGAGUGGUGAGUAUGAUAAUGGCAUGCUCAUGUGGGGUGGUGAGAACAUAGAACAAUCUAUUCGAGUCUGGCUGUGCGGUGGAGAGAUAUAUGUUGCUCGCGAUUCGAGAGUGGCUCAUGUUUUCCGACCGAGCUUCCCGUACAAAAUUGACAACACCCAAGUCUACUAUAAUAAGAUUCGUACUGUCGAGGUUUGGUUCGACGACUACAAGGAUUACUUCUAUUCAGCGGAUCCUUAUGCGAAGAGUUUGCGACAAAAGGCAUUAGCAAAUGGGAUUGAGGAUCGUCUGCAAUUUAAGAAGGAUAUGCAGUGCAAGCCGUUCCAGUAUUUCGUGGAUAAAUUCCACAAGGUCUUCGAGAUGAAGGGCAUGCUGCCAUCUGAAGCGUAUCUUAUCAAGGACGAGAAGUCUGGCUUAUGUGUAUCAUCCGGCGGUCGUGAUGGAGAUAAGAUGGUCUUGAGGACAUGUGACGACAAGGAUCAGAAGCAACGGUGGAAUGACAAUCCGGGGAGUGCUAUUCGGAACCAAGAAACGGAGAUGUGUAUUGACGCUAAUGCUGGCGAGCCGGAAAAACAAGGGAUGGCGUUGAUAACGUAUUACUGUAUGAUGAAGAAUAAGAACCAGGACUUCAAAGUUGCAGAUGGAAUGAUACAAUGGCAAGGCUGGUGUGCAGUAGCGGAGCCUGUUGUUGGAGCCACGCUGACAUUGACGACAUGCUCCUCGGGGUUCCUUCGAAGUCGAGAAAACAAUUUCGUGAUCGUCGACAAAAAGAAGAUGGAGGCGAGGAAAGGGGACCGGUCGUGACUUGCUUACGUCGCCUAGUACUUGUUGGCGAUACCACUGGGGAUGUGCAAC